AUGCACAACUUUUGGCUAGCUUUGGUGGUCCUACUCACAGGAAUUAGCCAGGUUUAUGGUUACAGACCUGUUAUUCGUCCAAAGGAAAAGGUAACUACUUCUGAAGAACCAGAACCUUGGUAUCGUACAAUUUAUGGUACACAGAGGGAAUUGGUCACGCCAACAGUGAUUGCUGGUGUUACUUUCAAGGCUAAACCUGCACCAACUCCAGAUUCUUUGCAGCCUUGGAUCACUUUGAACAAUUUAGGUGAACCUAAGACUGUCAAGCCAGAAAUCAAGAAUGGCCACACGAAAAAAGGUGUUCCAGACUAUUCUACAUAUUUCAAAGCUGUCAGUACCCGAACUUGGUCUUAUGAAGAGUUGCAGGCUCACAAUAUGGAUCCCGAUGAGGUACAUGAGGAGAAAAUAUACAUCGAUGAGGAUGACACCUACGUUUCUUUGAAUCCAGUUAUUAGAUGUACUCCAGAUCGCUAUUUCAACAAGGGGAUUUCUGGUGAUAUUCCAAGUGAACCAUUUUGCACUCCUCGUGAAAACGUUCAGUGGAAAGUUGGUAAGAUUUAUUUUGCAACUUGGUACACUCAUUUCUUUAGGGAUGAACACUCUGAUGAAGUGAUUGAUGAAGUAAGAGUUCAUUUGUCAUAUGUCAAGGAACGUGAGAGUGAAAAGUUUCAAGUUAAAAGAGACAUUCCAGCAACAUUUUUCUCAUCCGAAUGGAUGAGAAACGAUGAGGGAAUGCUUGGCAUUGAAAUCAUGCAAGAGUGGUUAGAUGAUUAUCGUACUCGUAAAGUUGUGUUAUCCGUGCAACCAAUUAAUAUCCCAGAUGAUGAAUUUGACCCACUUGAGCAUGGAGUGCUCAUUUACAUCGAUCAAGGCUCCAAGGUCUUUAAGCCCACGAAGGAUCAGUUGGCUCUUGAGAAAGCCGGUAUUACUGACAACCACUGGUUAUACGUGGCUAUCACAAUGCCUACAGUAGUCGUUAUCGCUUUGGUUAUGAUGUAUUUCUUCCUAUAUGCUAACGGUCGCUACAGAGAUUUCUCUGAUAUCACUCGUAAGGCUAUGAACAAGAAGCGUCGUGUGAUUGGUAAAGUUUCGGACAUGAAGAAGUUCAAACACAUGAAGAAUCACAAAUAUACAGAGCUGCCAACUUACAAGCCUGAUAAACAGCAUUAA